AAACUUUACUUUUGAUAGCGAUAAAAGAAACGGCAAUUCCAUAAAGAAUAAUAACUUCUAUCGUAAGGUAAUUAAUGAACCUCAAUGAAAACAUGAAAAAAAAAACAAAGUAACUUCAAUUAUUGACAUAAAAUGUCACACAAAAAGCCAUCAUGACGCGUAUUACAUAAUUUUAUACAUUCAACCAUAUAUUCCAUUUUCAUACAAAAUAAAACGAAUAAAUAAAUGUGCAUCGAAGUUUGUGAGCUAUGGGGGACAAAUCAAAACCAAAAAUCACGAAAAUACCCCCUUUGUACCAGUUCCUUUUCGGAGGAUCAGCCGGCAUGAUGGCAACCUGCAUCGUCCAGCCCAUGGACUUACUGAAGACCAGAAUGCAACUGCUGGGGCCUGGAGCCAAGGACUACACCAUGGUUAAAAUGGCCAAAGAGGUAGUCGCUAAAGAGGGUGUGGCGGGCCUGUACAACGGGAUAUCUGCCGCGCUGUUCCGACAGGCCACGUACACCACCGGACGCCUCGGAAGUUUUAACGCAAUCACUGAUAUGUACACCAAAUCACACGGGACGCCAAAUUUCGGCAUGAAGAUGCUCAUUGGCAUGAUCGCGGGCGGCAUUGGGGCGUUAGUGGGCAACCCUGCUGAAGUGGCGCUUGUCAGAAUGACCGCCGAUGGCCGCCUACCGCCCGAGAAGCGAAGGAACUAUGCGCACGUGUUCAAUGCGCUUGGCAGAAUGAUCGGCGAGGAAGGCGCAGGUACAUUACUCCGAGGCGUCUCCGCCACCGUCUCCCGCGCAGCGGUCGUCAACGGAGCUCAACUGGGCUCCUACGCCCAAGCCAGAGAAAUGCUUCUACCCACGAUGGGGGAUACAAUGUUACUACAUUUCACUGCAUCUAUGAUAGCUGGCCUAAUCACAUCUGCCUCUUCGUUGCCGCUUGAUAAAGUUAAAACGAAAGUGCAAAACGCGGCAAAAGGAGGCGAGCAGAUAGGCAUGGUCGGCGUAAUAAUGGAGGUGCUAAAGAAGGAGGGCAUCCUGGGGUUCUGGAGCGGGUUCCUGCCCACCUAUCUCAAGAUAGGACCCCACACUGUCUUCACUUUCAUCUUCCUGGAGCAGAUAAAUGCUGCGUACUUCAGGGCGGUGAAUGCGUAACUUUUUACAUAUCGUCAGGUGACAAGCAAAACUCACUAAUUACUAAAAAAUAAAUAAACAAAAAUCAACCUUAUUAUUAGUAAGAUAGUUCAUUAUAGCGAUUAUAGCUAGGAACUUUUGGUGGUAAUUAGUGAGUUAUGCUUGUCACCAGACGAUAUCAAGAACUCGUAAGGUAUCUAACAAUCGUUAACGACAAUAGGAUAGUUCAAUUGAUAUUUUUUUCAAAAAAUUACUUACAUUUCAAUUGGCUUUAACGAUUGUCACGCUACGCCUCCUGGGUGCGUAGCCAACGUGUCAGUCAAAAUGUGUAACGAACGAAACGCAACUGUCACUUUCGCACUAAUAUGGAAGAGUGAUAGAGAUGACUACGCUACGCUACGUAGCGUUAACGAUUGGCACGUUGGCUAAGCACCCUGGUUCAUUUUAUAAGCGGGUCCACACGUCCGAGGCACGUCUACACUGGCCGUUUUGUGCGGAAGAAAAUUGCCUCGCGCAUAUGUUCGCUUUGUGUGGACCCACCUAUUUGUCUGUGACAAGUCCGUGCAUUGUUGAGAGUACUGUGAAAUGAGUAUAAAUCAUUCUAAUAAAUUUUGAGAUUGGACCAUAACUGUAGUACUAAAGUAGGGACGCUAAGUACAAAGAGUUUCGUACAUUGAGCCGCCAUUUCCUAUCUAGUGUUGGUAGGAACUCGAGUAUUUUGAGUCUGAAGAAUUCGACUCGUUUUUACGAGUCUUUUGAGUCUGAAUUUGAAGAACUCGACUCGUUUUUACGAGUCUUGUAAGAACCACGUGAUCGUCCAUAAUACAAAAAGAGGAAAUGUUUAUCCGCUUAUAAAUAUUUUCCGUUCUCCAUGAAAAACUAGCUUUAUAGGUUUUACUUUUUUUUUUCAAAAUUUGCAAUGUAAAAAAAAUAAGUGAAACCUAUAAACCUACCUAGAAUAUAUUAUGCUGAAGCGAUCGACAUUAAAAUCAAAGUUAAGAUUUAGUUAGUGGAAAACGUUUUCUCCCGAAAUGGAAUUUUAUAGAAAACGUACCGUUAUUUCGCUAGGAUCGCAAAGCUAUUCUUCCCUCUUAAGAGCAACUCAAAAGGACUCGAGCCUUGGAAUAAAGACUCCGUCAACAAUUUUAUAGCUUUUACCUAAAUAACAAUGCGUAAUUGGGUACUUGACUCAUAUUGAAUAUUAUAACAAAAUUUAGUUAAAUGGAUAGAAAAUGAGUCAUCCAUUAUAAAAGUGGAAUUUAAAAAAUUAUAUUGAGAUUAUAAAAAAAAACAAAGCUCCGAAGUCUCAAAAAAAAUUUUUUUUUUGUCUUUCAAAAAUAUAAAAGAAAAUGGUACUAUUCAAUUCCUUACAUUUCAUUAAAAAAUAAAUUGUAUGACAACUAUACACAUAAACGCAAUAUCAGGGUCAAAAUGGAAAUUUCCUUGAUCUUCCAUACAUUUAGGACAGACUUAUAUGAUGUGACGUCACAUCACCUUAUCAUUUUGUUAGAGGCGUUUCAAUCGUCGAGUGCGAGCGUCAGACUUUAACUCUCAUUUCUGACCUUUGUGUUGCUUAAAAACCAUGAGUCCUAUAUAGACAUUUGAUCCUCAGGAAAAUAAAGAUCGUUAGACAUUAUUUACAAAAAACAGUCAAGUAGCCAAUUGUAUGAUUUGUGUACCUAAUCCACGAAUAUUACUUAAAAUCAUCAUUUCGAAAUUAUGCAAACAAAAAACUGAGAGUUCUCUCAAAAGGACUCAAGUCUACAAGACUCGGGUCUCUAACAAGUUGAAAAGGACUCGAGUUUAGACUUAAUUAUAAGUCUGAAAACAGUCGAGUUUUAAAGCAGAGGACUCAAAGGAGUCUUAACCAACACUAUUCCUAAUUUGCUAUCUCUGUCGCAAAGCGCAUAGUUAUAUUGCUUUUCCGCUCGUAUAACCUUGACCGCCGGCAACAUGGACGGGACAACAAUAUAGUUAUGCGCACGCGAAAGAGAUAGCAACAUGCAGGUCAAUGCACGAGAUUCUUCGUGCUAAGCGUCUGUACUUUAACAGCAGAACAACUGAUUAUCGAUAGACCUUAUGUUUUUACAGUAUGGUUUACAGUUGAGGGUGAACCUUGGUACUUAUAGGGACUAGUUAGGAUUUUUAGUUUUUUCGAUGCCUGUAAUUAUAACUUUACAAUAAGACUAUAUUUUAUAAUUAUUUUUCUUUUUUAGAAAUUUAAAAAUCAUUUGUAAAUAUUUUUAAGGUUUUGAAGAGUUAUUAUAACUCUAUGAAAUGAAUAAAAAUCAUGUUCACACACCAAA